UUCUUUUUUCUUUUCUUUUUUUGAGGGAAGACAAUUCUUCUUUUUAAGAAACCUAUAUUAUAAAUAUAAAACAGUAUUUGAAAACAAAACCAAAUCAGCAAUGAAACUGAGUGUUGGGAUAUUUUUUGGAGGCCUCUUUGGAGCUCUAGGAAUUUUGUUCUUUUUAGUGGCCUUUGGUACGGACUAUUGGCUCCUUGCUACAGAAGUUGGAAGGUGUUCAGAAGGUCUGAAUGACACCACGGAAGAGAAGAUAAUUUUCCACCAUGAGGGUUUCUUCUGGAGGUGCUGGUUUGAUGGGAAGGUAGAUGAGAAUGAUAACAGCAUGUGGAAGUUUUGGUACACUAACCAGUCACCUUCCAAAAACUGCACCCAUGCCUACCUCUCUCCAUUUCCUCUCCUCCGAGAUCAGCACAAUUCAACUGCCUAUGACUCUGCAAUUAUUUAUCGUGGCUUUUGGUCAGUGGUCAUGCUGCUGGGAGUUGUCACUGUGGUUGUUGCUAGCUUCUUCAUCAUCUGUGCUGCACCGUUUGGGAGCCACGUGCUGUACAAAGCAGGGGGAGGAUUUUUCAUCACUGCUGGUAUUUUAUUCACUCUGGUGGUUGUGCUGUAUGUCAUCUGGGUCCAGGCAAUGGCUGAUCUUGAAAACUAUGUGAUUACGAAGAAAACAGACUGUCCCGAUUUUUCUCUCUAUGUGCGCUAUGGCUGGUCUUUUAUAUUGGCUCCGGUCGGAAUAUUUUUUGCGAUGUUUUCAGGAAUGCUGUUCCUACUGGUAGGGCGUACAAUUUACCUGCACUCUUAGUGAGUUGUUUGAAAUAUUGGACUCAUACUGAAGCUUUGCUGAAAAACCUAUUUUUAUACAUAGUAGAGUGUGUGUUGGUGCCAUUCUAGAUCUGCUUUGGUGACUAUUGCAAUCCUGCAUAUAUCUACACAGACGUAAGUCCUACUCAGUUCAGUGGGACUUGCUUCCAGG